AUGUUGACUUCUUCUCUGGCCGCUCCGCCGGCGCUCAGCGAGGUUCCCUCCGUCCCCUCCACUUCCGCCGCUACCUUCUCCUCGCCGGCUCAGCUCAGGCAGCUCCACGCCAAGCUCGUUAAAUCCGGAAUCUCCUUCUCCGCCGCCGACCUCCCCCGCAUCGCCGUCGUCUGCGGCCGUUCCCCUUCUCGCGAAGACUUCCAGUAUGCUCGGAGCAUUAUCGUCUCCGGCGCCGGCGACGGCCGCCGGGAGGCCCUCGUCUGGAACUCCUCCCUCAACGCCCUCGCAGAGUCGGAUCGGCCCCCCGACGUCCUCCGGCUCUUCUCCCUCUUCCGCGCCGCUGACAUCCCACCGGACAAGUACACCUUCUCCUUCGUCCUCAAAGCCUGCACCCACAUCGGCUCCGCCGCCGCCACCAUGGGGAGGGCCGUCCACGGGCUGGUGGAGAAGUUCGGCCUCCGCUCCGAACUCCACCUCCACAACACCCUCCUCCUCAUGUACGGCUCCUGCGGCCCCAUGGCGGACGCCCUGCAGCUGUUCGAGAAAAUGCCCACGAGAGACGUCAUCUCCUGGAACAUCCUCAUCGCGCAGCUCGCCAAGAAGGGCGAGAUGGCGAUGGCGAAGCGGCUCUUUGAGGCCAUGCCCAGCCGCAGCGUCCGCUCCUGGACCGCCAUGAUCGCCGGCUACGUCCAUUCCGGCGACCCCAAAACGGCCCUCCACCUCUUCCGCAAUAUGCAGGCCGAAGAAACCAGCAGCAGCAGCAGCAGCCCCAACGAGGUCACCUUCGUGGCCGCCAUCGCCGCCUGCGCUGACCUCGGCGAUCUAGACCUCGGCAGGGAGCUCCACCACCUCUGCCGCCGGCGAGGGUUCCACAGCAACGUCCGCCUCUGCAACACCCUCAUCGACAUGUACGUGAAAUGCGGGUCUCUCUCAGAAGCACGCAAAGUGUUCGACGAAAUGCCGGAGAGGACGGUGGUCUCCUGGUCCGCCAUGAUCUGCGGCAUGGCCAUGCACGGCCGUGCCAAGGAAGCGCUGGAGCUGUUCUCCGAGAUGGAGAGCGAGGUCUGCCCCAAUGGCGUCACCUUCCUGGGCCUGCUCCACGCUUGCAGCCACAUGGGCAUGGUGGAAGAGGGCCGGAGGUACUUCGCCGGCAUGUGGAGAGACUACGGAGUUCGCCCCGAGAUGGAGCACUACGGCUGCAUGGUGGACCUGCUCAGCCGCGCCGGCAGGUUGCAGGAGGCGGCGGAGUUCAUCGCCGCCAUGCCGGUGGCGCCCAGCGGGGCGGUGUGGGGGGCGCUGCUCGGCGGUGCGCGGCUGCACGGGGACGUCGCCGCCGGCGAGCUAGCAAUGCGGGAGCUCUGCCGCCUGGAGCCGAGCAACGACGGGUACUACAUCGUGCUCUGCAACAUCUACGCCGGCGCCGGGAGGUGGGAGGAGGUGGCUAGGGUGAGGAGGAUGAUGAAGGAGGAGGGCGUGAAGAAGACCCCCGGCCGGAGCAGAGUCGCCGUCGCCGGCAUGGUCCACGAGUUCGUGGCCGGCGACUGCGGGCACCCGCGGGCGGCGGAGAUACAGCGGCGGUGGGAGGAGCUGUCGGCGGAGCUGCGGCGGCGCGGGUACGUGCCGGACACCUCGCAGGUGAUGCUCGACGUGGGGGAGGAGGAGAAGGAGCGGUCUCUGGCCAGACACAGUGAGAAGAUGGCGUUGAGUUUUGGGCUGAUGAGUACGCCGCCGGGAACUACGAUCAGAAUCAUGAAGAAUCUUCGGGUCUGCGGGGACUGCCACGCGGCCUUCAAGCUCGUCUCCGCCGUCUCCGGGAGGAAGAUUGUCGUUCGCGACAGGAACCGCUUCCACUGCUUCGAAGGCGGCUCCUGUUCUUGCGGAGAUUACUGGUGA